GACAGAACUCCCCGUGCCUUAUCUCAGCCACUCAAAUCAUGAUCUUGUCACUCUGAGCUCGGUCCCUAUAUAGCUCAUAUCGUGAUAACCUCAGACCAAGGAAGUUUAAGUUCUCAUAUAUUUUAACUGUUUCCAUUGUGAAGGCAGCUAUAACAAGUUACCACAAUGCCUAUACUGGAGGUGUUCACAAGUGUUCCCAAGGAGAAGGUGACGCCAGAGGUCUUGACCGGCCUCAGCAAGCUGCUUAGUGAGAUGCUUGGCAAAUCAGAGGAGUACUGCAUGGUGCGUAUCGUGCCAGACCAGCUGAUGAGCUUUGGGGGAACCACUGAACCUUGCGGGGCAGCCCAGCUCUCCUCCAUUGGCAGUCUGGGAGUGGAGGAAAACAAGUUACAUGCCGCCAAGCUCUAUGCACACCUGGAGCAGACCCUCGGCAUCCCCAGUGACAGGAUGUAUAUAAACUUCCACGCUCUGGAAACCUCAAACGUUGGGUACAAGGGAACCACUUUUCAUACAAUAUUUGGCCGCUGAAAACGUUCUUUGAAAAUAUCUCCAUUUAUCACUGUGAAAUGUAACCACGUAUAUAGGUAAUACACAAACGUUGAUUAACAAAGGCUUCACUAUGAUUAACUUCAUAUUUAUGUGAACGUGGAUGGUGGAUAAUCAGCAGUGGGGGACGACACUUGUGAAAAUGGAGGCACAUUCUAGACUGGCUGAAGUGUAGAGUGGAUUGAUUGAUAGUUUCUUGGUGCAAGUAAACAACAAAGGAGAAGGGAGGAACAUAGGUACAGUAUAUGCCAUCCCAACCCACAGGCAGUAGUCGAACAUUUAGUGUGAUUAUACAACUAAGGAUACAUGUGGAAGUAACACCAGGAAACUAAAAAGAUACAAUGGUAGGGAACAAUUAAGUGCUAAAAAAAAUAAAGGCUUUGCGCUUAUUCUGUAUGUAACUGUCUGGCAAGGAGUAAUUGUCCACUGAUAAGGCUCUCCUCCCUUCCUGAAAAAUCAUUGAUCACUCAUCUCAUCUCAAAACCCUUAUUAUACAUUUGCCUGUACUGCUGUCAUCAUUAACUAUAUAGGCAUUCACACUCAUGCUUAUCUAUUCUCUUCCUUGUUACCAUACAUUCUACAACCUGCCAACAUCCCAGCUGAUAUGGCUCUCCUCCUUUCUUGAAAAAUCAUUGAUCACUCAGCUCAUCUCAAAUUAACUAUAUUGGCAUUCACACUCAUGCUUAUCUAUCCUCUUCCUUGUUACCAUACAUUCUACAACCUGCCAACACCCCAGCAUAUUAGAAUGUAAAUCCUGGCAGUCACAGUAUUUGCCUUAACCAUGAACAGGAGGUAAAGAGGAUGAGAAGUAUAUAUGGAGGCUGAGAACCUUGAUUGAUUGAUUGAUAGUUUAUUGUUGCAAGUAAACAAUUAAAGAAGAAGGGAAGAGCAUGCCAUCCCAACCCCCAGGUAGUAGGUACAUUAUAAAGUGUAAUUAUACAACUAAGGAUACAUGUGUAAGUAGCACCAGGAAACUAAAAAAAUACAAUGGUAGGGGACAAGUGCUAAAAAAACAAAGGCCUUGAUUUAG